AUGGGUGAGUAGCAAGUUUGAUUUCAUGUUUUCCACAUGUUAUCUUUGUUAAAACGCUAGGAAAUGUUACGUACUGUAAGAUAUAAACCUUUCAUAAACGAAAUAACCUCCGUGCGAAGUUGGCUCCAUGAAAUGUCACUUCUCUAACUACAAAGAAGCCAGUAAGAGUUUUAAACAUCACGUAUUGGAUACCCCACCAUUGGCUAACCAGGUGGUGAAGACGUCAGAUAAAUGCAGAUAGAUAAUAUUUAACGCUACCCAAGUACAAGAGGCGGCAUUUCAAACUGGUAGGCAGUGUAAAUAGACAAGCAACACUAACAGGUAGUGUUAAGCAUCAAGCAAACGUAGCAGAACUUAUGCUACAGGGGGAAGCUAUGUGUAGAUUAAAUAUGCAGGGCAGAAAAGAUGCAAGCAAAUAGGAAAUAGACAAGCAGAACGUCAGUACGCUAUACAGUUGAUAGGCAGUGUAAAUAGACAAGUAACACUGACCGGUAGUGUUAAGCAUCAGGCAAACCACGUAGCAGAACCUAUGCCACAGGGGGAAGCUAUCUGUAGAUUAAAUAUGCAGGGCAGAAAUUUUCAAGAGUUGGUAAUUUUUACUUGAUAUAGAGUAUAACCACAGUCAUUAACAGAGGAGAGAAACUGUUUGACUGCAGACAAAGACAGAUUGUGACUGUGAGUAGCGAAUAUGAACCUGCAGCUUAAUAGGAUCAUUUAAAUCAUUGCAUGUAUGCAUGCAGACAUGCAACACAUAACCACAAUGUUCUGUUUUGACAAAGGAUACUGAAACAAAGCAACUUCGGGGUUAGUAAUUAAAUGCUGAGUGGUCAAGGAAGGUAGCAAUUCAUCGUUGAUUAGAUGCGAGACAUCAUGGUGAUGCUAUGUAGGAGAUGCUAGAAGUUAGAUGCUUAGACAUAAGACAGAGACAGAUUGUGACUGUGAGUAACAAAUAUGAACCUGCAACUUAAUAUGGUUAUACAAAUCAUUGCGUGUAUACAUGCAUACAUGCAUUACAUAACAACAAUGUUCCAUUUUGGCAAAGGAUACUGCAACAAAGCAACUUCAGGGUUAAGAUUAAUGCUGAGUGGUCUAGGUACACAGCAAUACAUCAGUGACUAGAUGCGAGAAAUGAUGGUGAUGCUAUGAAGGAGAUGCUUGUAGUUAGAUGCUUAGAUCUCAGUGGUUAGACAUCUGCAAUUUUUUCUUUAAGUAUUGAAUUAAUGAAAAUCAUGAGGGAAUUUUCUUGAUAGUCACUGACAAUAUCAUUUUCUUAUUAGCAAACAAUGAUGACGAUGGAUUUGAUUUGAUUAGGCCAUCUUUGAUCCAGCAAUUAAGAACCAUCCUAGAUCAGUACCCAGAUGAUGGACAGAUAUUGAAGGUAUGAAGAAAUCAAAGUGCUCUGUGAGCAAACUCGUGAAUUGACACAUGAUUUUUUGGAUUAUGUUUAAUGUUAUCUGGUUUAGGGAAUUUUGUGGUUGAUUGUCAUAUCUAGAGUACGAGCAGUAGUUCAGUGUUCGCUAAUGUAGCAAAGAAACAAAGUAACGUUGGGAUAAGAAGGCAUUACAAAUAAAAUGAUCAUGCUAUUGCAUUUGACAAGGGUGGAUGAUGUCAUGUGUUUUAAAUGUAUAUCAUUUCUGUUUCUGGUUCAAAAAAAAAGGUUGGAAGUAAAUGUGGGUAAAAAGUGAAAUUUACUGCCUUUCGUUGUAAAUAUUAGAAAAUCAAGGCAAUGCUGUCUUAAUGAAAACAUCAGUGAUUCCCUCUUUAUCAAAUGAGACAAACGGGAACGAGUUUUGAGUGAUAUAACUAAGCCAAGACUGCCACCGUCAUUUUGGAUCUCCGCCUGGGUAGAUUUUAGUCACGUGCUGGGCAACGUACUGAAUCAAUAACAAGAUAGAAUUUCAUUUCAGGCCUAUUUAUCAAUUUUGUGGUGUAUAACUUUCUCAUUUUAGUACGUAAUAUGAAUUUUGAAUCUUCAAAUUGUCUUGAAACUUAAAAGAAAAUUGUUCUUUAAAAAUUCACUGAAAAUCGGUAGCUAAAAUUGUUUGUUUAGGUGUUAUUUGAUUUUCGUGUUAACUUGUAAUUUCGUUAGUCGCCGGCAUCUUCUGUUGCUUCACACAGGGAAAACACACGAUACGAAGCGUAAUGAUCGAUUUUGUCCUCAAUCUCACGCCGUAGCAGAAAAAUCUUUUGAACAUCUGUAAACUCCGAGCGCUUCGCAGUAAAGGAUAUUUUCAAUGAAUCUUCGGAUUGUUUUCAAGUUCAAGGAUUGUAAAUUACAGUUUUAUGAAAAACGAAGGUUGUUCUGUUAUUUCAGUGUGAAUCCUUGCAUGCCUGCCAGUCGCUGGCGCCGCUUGAUGAAACUAAAACGAAAAAAAAAACUCUUUUAAGAUUAUAGUUGGCUUCUUUGUCACCCCACCACUAUUCUUAGCAACAAAGGUCACCAUUUCGUUUGCUUUUUGCUCGCCAAAAAACUAUCAAAUGCACUCAAAAGCCUAAAAUCGCAAAAAAGUUUACAGGAAUCUACCAAUCGAGCAAGCGAGCAAGCGAACGAAUGCCAUUCCCCACAUCGUAUCUACAACUCACUCUUGCGCAUGCGCGUAAUUCACGAGUUAAAAAGGGCCACCACAACCAGUCCGCUGAAAGGUAGAGGGGGGGGGUGGGGGGGUGGGUUAUUGUUACUUUUAGACAUCCAUCCUUUCAAUUGGUAUUGUGUGAGGGUUAAGCGAGUGGGGAGUGCCAGACCUCGAGUCAAAUAUCACAAUUGGGUAAAGAAGAUAACUGUUUAUAUUAACACUUUGAUUUUAAAAUUUUGUAUGCUGUGUUUAUAUGGAACAAUGAUGCAUACAAGAGUUUUCAAUUCUUUUCAUUUGUGUGCUUAAUAUCUUUUCUGGUCUUCUGUAAUUUACAUCUUGAAAUGUGUUUGGUUGUAUCAGGAGCUCAUCCAAAAUGCAGAGGAUGCACACGCAAGUCAUGUAAAAUUCCUCCACGACAAACACAGCUAUGGCACAGCCAAACUUCAUCACCAGGGUAUUGCUCAAUUUCAGGUAAAUUUGUUUAUCAAUGUGCAAGCUUUACAUUCCCUUUACUUUUCACAGUUACAGUCAGAAAUAGCUUGUUGGCUUGAAUCGAUCAACUUUGAAUUUACUUAUUUCAGUAUUAAGCAACAAUUAAUUUGUUGUUAAAAGCUCCAUAUAGAUUAGACUCAACUAAAUCUGCGUGGCCAAUACAAACUGGUCUCUUAAUUAGGAAUAACACAUCCUGACUCAUUAAUUGUUCGUUUUGUAAAGUGACUCCUGAUUGUUUUCAUGUAUCAGGGCCCAGCACUUUAUGCAUAUAAUAACGCCCAAUUUACAAAAGAUGACUGGAAGGGCAUACGGAUGUUGUGUGAUAGUAUCAAAGUCAAAGACCCGAUGAAAGUUGGCCGUUUUGGUCUUGGCUUUAAGUCUGUUUUCCAUAUGACAGGUGAGUCUCCUGAAUCGCUAUGUUCUCAGAACCUAACGUGAAUGUUUCCUAGGAAUUUUCCAUUAUAUUGACUGUUUGGAUUGAUAGUUAUAGCUAAAUUCUCUGAAAGAAUCCUUUAAAUGAGUUUUAGUUUAGAUUAUUUUCUUGUCAUUUAGUAUUUUUUUACAUAUUUUAUUCUUAUUUUAUGUGAGCCUCUGGCUUGGGAGUCUGUGUUAUCACUCCUUACAUUUAGACAAAAGUUAACAAAAGUUACUGCUUCAUGAUUUUAAAUUGUAAUACUAAGAAUACAAAUAGACAUCAAAUUCACCAGAGAAGCUUACCAUUUGACGGAAGGUUGUAAAUUUUGGCUGCGCUUUAAAUUGUGGGAUUUUUCAGGGGAUUUUUUUUGUCGCUGAUUAAUAGAAAAUCGAAAAAUUGGCCGAGGUGGAAACCCGGAAAAUGUUUGUACUUAAAGGUAAAAUCAUGCUUGUGCUAUCCUUGCAGAUACAGUUAUUACCUUCGUGUAAUCGUAUUUAUCUCUGCUAUGCUUGCUUGGUGCUGUGAAAAGCAACAAUUUUUCUCCGAUUUUGCAAAGAUGUGUACAUAUAUUCGAUUGUUAAAAUGCGACAAAGUCAUAUGUGUUCGUUUUCAGAUUUACCAAGUAUCGUAAGUGGUUCGCAGAUCGGAGUGAUUGAUCCGCACGAAGAGUACUUUAGCGACGAAAAUGGCAAACGAACCGGUCACAGGUGGCGAUUGAAAGAGGACCGAGACAUCAUAAACAGCAUCCCAGACCAGUUUCAGCCAUACAAAGGGAUACUCGAUUGUACAGAGGAAAAUUUCAAACAGGGAUCCUAUAAUGGGACAUUGUUUCGUUUCCCUUUAAGGACAGAACCAUCCAAGUUAUCGCCGACGUUAUACACUACCCAAAAGGUGCACACGUUGUUUGAAAGUUUUGAGGCAGAUGCUCAUUUGAUCCUUCUCUUUCUUCAGUAUCUGGAAUCCAUAGAGCUUUUUGUUCGAGAGGAAACAGACAGUGACGCCAGAAAAACGUUUCAAGUCCGAAUCACCAAUAAUACCCUAAAGUUAGUGGGAGAAAAGAGGAGUGAGUUUCGAAGCAAGAUCUCAUCAGGUGAACUAUUGCCAGAAGCUGCUUGGGUAACUUAUCCUAUUACAAUCGAGGCAAUUACCUACCCUAAAGGCUUCCCAAGUAUGUCAGAGCGACAUUCGUUUCUGGUUACUAACUACUUUUGUGGAGGAGAAAUAUCGUCAGGAUUUAGAACCUUGGCUUCAGAUCAAGAUCUCAGCUAUCUGCCUUUGGUAGGCAUCGCCAUGGAGUUGCCAGAACGCCCUGGACAAGAAACGCCAGACAUGAAAGGCCACGUAUUUUGUUUUUUACCACUACCAGUACAGAAGACAAGUUUGACAGGAUUGCCAGUGCACAUCAACGGCUUCUUUGCUUUGAGUCAGAACAGGCGAUACAUAAAGACGCCUACAGCUGAACAAGAAGAUCUGGCUGAGAAGGAAGGCCAGCCCCUGACUGACAAGUCAUUGUUAUGGAAUCAGUGUCUUCUGCAAGAGGCAAUCCCUAAAGCGUAUGCUUCUCUGCUGCUGGAUGCUACGGACGAGCAGAACUACAACGUGCAAAGCGAAGCCGUGUACAAGUAAGCGUGUGUGCCCCUAUAACAUAAUUACCUCUUUUUGCUAAAACUAUAUGUAGCAAAGAGCUCAAGAAGAUGAGUUGAUGGAAACAGCUAAAAUGCAUGUCGGUCUCCUUUUAGACUGAUUGUGUCUCUAUUGUUGAUAAAAGUCUACUAACUCAUGCUUAAACAGUUUAUGGAUCUAAAAGUCCUUCUUUAGUUUAAACAGUUUCCCAUAAUUUCUCCUUUGAAUAGAGCAUGGCCUGAUACAACUAACAUCGAUCAGAAAUGGAAAAGAGUGGAGAAACCCCUAUUUGAGUUGCUUCUUGACAAAAGCAUCAUCUACACUCCGGCUCAAGGAGGAAAAUGGAUAAAAUUGGCAGACGCGAUCGUUGAAAGACUUGCAGGAAGUGAUCCUAAGGAAUUGCUGGUGAACGUUUUUCUUGCAGCGAAUGAAAACGUCGCCUGUUUACCCGAACACGCCCUAAAAGCCAUUUGCUUGUACUCAACGUUGAGUGCAGAAGUAACACCUUCGUUGACGCGAAGAGUCCUAAAGAAUGUCCCCUAUAGCUACUCAAACUUAACACGGUCAGAAAAACUUUUGCUGCUGAAAUUUGUUCUCAAAGACGGUUGCCUUUCUGACCUACUUGGAUUGGUGCUAUUACCAAUUUCCAACGAGCACUUCAUUUCGUUUUCAAAUACGGGAGAGGCUGUUUAUAUUUCAUCACCAGCACAUCCCCGUGAACUUUUACCGUGUCCACGACAAAAGUUCCUUGAUGAGAACAUCGACAAAGAUUUGUCACGAAAACUGGAUGCAGUGGCAAAACAAGGUAUUCAAAUUGGCAGUAGUUGUUACAACAACGAAAAGAGCCAUACGAAGAACUAAGCUGGUGCUUUGCAUCUGAAAAAAUAUUAUACUUAAUCCUUCUAGUCUACCAGGUCUAGAACCUCGAAUUGCAAAGUGCCAAUUUAAAAGAUCAUCGUAUUUUAUCCCACGGAAGAAAUCGAGACAAUUGAGAUCUCUGAGUUACCUUUUUGCUAUCAUUCACAAUUCACAAUUAUUUUACCUAUUAUUUUCUCAACUUUUAUGAUUUUGUAUGGUAACCUGUUCCAUUUAUGCGAGACCUGUUUUCACAAUAGUGCCGUAUUUAGAGGCAGUAUGUCUGAAGUUUUUCACUUAUAAAAGCCAAUUAAGAUUUGCUGAAGAGUCACGUUACUUUUCGAACAGGAUGCACUCAAUUACGGCAUUUCACCAAAGAUGACGUUGCCAGACUUCUCCCGUCGUCACUCCCACCUGGAUGGUUAGAGGGACAACACAUUUUGUGGAAUCCUGGAGUCGGAGGCCAUCCGUCCAAUGACUGGCUAGGAAAUUUGUGGGCAUACCUAGGAAAGAACUUCCCCUCUGUAGACGAGCUUUGCAGACUUGAAGGCCUGCCACUACUUCCACUCGAUAUAUCUGAAGCUCCGAUUACCCUCGUGAGACUUAAGCAGAUAUCUGAUGUUGUGGUGAGAAGCCUUCAUGGCGAUUCUUUAGACGACGCUAUUGUCGGAACUUUGAAAGAGCUUGGAGUUACAGUAAUGCAAGGAUAUCCAAGUUUCCUUGGCCUGCACCCUUCCGUUUCGAAAACGUUUGUUCAUCCGCCAUCAGUUCAAGGGGUCUUAAAAGCUUUGGCAGCUUUCCUUACCUUAAAACCCACCGCCGUGCAAACCACAACAGACGAUGGUAAACAAUGUUUUAGGAAGUUUGUUGCCAAAGCCUCUUCGUUAAGUCCAGAUGAGAAGAAAGUCUUGAACUGCAUACCGCUGUUUGAGACUAUGUCCGGAGCCUUUGUUUCUAAAAGUGAUGGCCUUUGCGCUGCACCUGACGAAGCGUUUCCAGUGAAAACCCUCAGAGAUCUCAUCGACAUUCGAGAGAACGAUACAAAGAGACUAGCAAGCUUGUUAGACAUCCAAGUCUUGACACGUUCUGAGGUUUUGCUUGAGGUGAUAUUUCCGGAUGUAAUACGUCAGCGUUACUCUACUGAAGAAAUUGACAGACUCAUGGGGUUCGUGAUGGAUAGAUAUCACGUUUACGCCGCAGAGGAUGGGCGAUUUCAGAAUCAGUUAAAAGACCUGCCCUUUGUCUCAACUAAAAAUGACAGAGUGAGACCUAAGGAGGUGUUUGAUCCCAGAAAAGACUUCAUAAAAAGAAUUUUCGUGGAGGAAGAUGUGUUCCCUGUUGGAAAGUACGAUCACCCUUCAGCUCUAGUAAUCUUAGAGUGCCUUGGCAUGAAAAGCGAAGGAGAAAUCACGGGGCAAAAUGUGUACGAAAGCGCAAAAGCAGUGAACAACAUUUUUGACUUUUCUGCAGCGGAAAUGAAGUCAUCAGCGAUCAUGUCAUUCCUAACAAGCAAUCCGGCAAAACUUGAAGAGAUCAUCUCUGGAACGUCAGGUUUAGGAGAGCUCGGGAUGCAUCUUAAGGGUAUUCCAUGGGUCUCUGUGAUCAGACGAAAACCUGACGACUUCCCCGAAAGUCUUCCGUUCUGGGGAGAAACGCACAAAGAACCUUAUUUCUUAAAGCCCUCAGAUGUAAGGUGCAAACAAGCAGCAAACAUCAUUGGAUCAGUAAAACCACUUGUCAAAUCUGAGCCAUGUGGUCAGUUAACCCGCUUCUUUUCAUGGGACACAGACCCGACUGUUUUGCACGUCGUGCAGCACUUGCAGAAUGUAAUAAAAUGCUUCAGUACUCGAGAGAAGCCGCGUUAUAUUAUCAUCGCUCAGGAAGUGUACGCCUUUCUCAGUCGUGCAGAUGAUAACGAUGUACUUACUGCUUUGGAAAAUGUCAAGAACCUUCCAUGGAUUUGGAACGGAGAUGGAUUUUCUUCCCCUAGAUUCCUGAUAUCUCAGAAACCUCCGAUUGAUCUGUCACCAUAUAUCUGUUCCCUUCCCUCAGAGGUGGCAAGAUUCUACAAGCUGUUUGCAAAGUUUGGCUUACAAGAGAAGUGCGAUGACGCAUUCUUGGUGGAGGUUCUUCACCUAAUAAAGGAGAAGUACGAUAAUCACCCUCCGCCUCCUCCGGCAGAGGUACGGAAGGACUUGCAAUUGUCUGUGGACAUUUUGAAUGAAAUUAAGCCAAAGAUUGGAGAUCAGUUGCCGCCUGAACUUCAAGAAAAGGUUCUCAUUCCGACACAUGUGGAAGACGACGCGUAUGUUAAGCUUGCACCAGUUGAGAAAUGUAUGUACUGCGAGCAUGAUUGGCUAGAAAGAAGUAACCACGGUGGAGAAGAAGAUGAAGGCAUGGGAUAUUUUUAUGUACAUCCAAACAUUCCAAACAGCACAGCUGAACUUUUGCACGUUCCAACGUUGAUGAAUCGAAUGUUGGAGCCAGACGAGCUCGAUUUUGGAGAGGAAUUUGGACAAGAAGAAAAACUUACCCGUAGACUUAGCAGACUUCUGGAGGACUACUCUGAUGGCUUUGCAGUACCCAAAGAGCUUGUUCAAAACGCAGACGAUGCAGGUGCCACUGAAGUGAGGUUUCUAUAUGAUGAACGAACGAACCAGGAUGCCAUGACUUGUCUGAUAGACGAAGAAAUGAAACACUGUCAGGGUCCUGCUCUGUGGGUCUACAACGACGCCGAAUUCAGAGACGAGGAUUUUACAAACAUCGCAAAAUUAAACGGUGCUACAAAAGAACAAGAAACUGAGAAAAUUGGCAAGUUUGGACUUGGUUUCAACGCAGUCUACAAUCUGACAGACGUUCCGAUGUUUUUGAGUAGAAAUUUCUUUGUGAUUUUCGACCCGAACAAAUUCUAUCUUGGAAAGGCAAUAAGAAAUAAGAGCAAGCCUGGAAUAAAGAUAAAUCUCAACAAAAACACAAAGAGACUUCGGAGUCUCAGCAAUCAGUUUAAACCGUUCAAUGGAAUAUUUGAUUGCGAUCUUCACCUGAAUAAAGACGACUACUCGUACCCUGGCACUCUGUUCCGUUUUCCAUUACGUACCAGAGAGCAAGCCAUUAAAAGUGAAAUCAAGCAACUUCAUUACGACAACGAACAAAUGAAAGAACUCUUAAAGCUUUUCGCCUCUGGUGCCAAGACUCUUCUUCUCUUCACGCAAAAUGUGGUCCGGGUUAGCAUUUACCACCUACCGAAAGACUCGAGCCUUUCCUGUCCACCUUCGCUUCUGUUUGAAGUUAGCAAGUCAUUGUGUAGAGAAGGGAUCCAAAGGGAAUUGUCUUUUCCAGUUUCUCUUUCCCAUGCUGCUAAGAAGCUUAGUAAGGAAGAGCAGUACCUUUUGCAGCAGUGUAAUUUUUUGCAAGCAUCAUCUGUAGUUGCGAAGAAUGGUGGAGAUGCGGAUAGCUCCAUGCCUGCUGGUCUUAGUUCUGCGCUUACAAUUAACAUUAAGAGCACCACUACGGAGAGCGGAAAACCGUUUGUUGAAGCCCAGGCCUACAUGUCAGAUGAGUCUCAGACUUGGCUGGUUGCAAAUUCUAUGGGCAAAGGACUCACAGUGAAGUUUAAAAAGGAUGACAAAAGUCUACUUCCAUCAGCGGGAGUAGCUGCCAGAUUUUUUUUCGAUGAUUGUGGAAAAAUCUUACCAGUACCUGUUGUUGAUCAAGUCGCUGCGAAUGUACAACGUCCUAUAGGAAAAUUAUUCUGCUACCUUCCACUUCCAAUUAAAAGUGGCUUCCCGGUUCAUGUGAAUGGGGCGUUUGCAGUGGCUUCCAGUAGGCGAAGCUUGAAGGAGAAGACAGCAGACGAUAAAGAUUCCAUGGGAGUGGAGUGGAACAAGAGUCUCAUGCAAGACUCCGUAUGUGAAGCUUACCUAGACCUUCUGGAGGACGUCAAGACUUUAGCUUCUGACAAGUACCAGUUUUAUUCACUAUGGCCUCGAGCACGUGAGGUAGAGCAGAACUGUGAGCCCCUUGCGCGUUCGUUCUACCAAAGUUUGGCGAGUGGAGGCUACUCUCUCUUUUCCAAUGGAAGCCAAUGGGUGAACAUCGAUCAUGUGGUUUUUCUGGAGCCCAACUUUCGGUAUGAUCCUAAAAUCGGAGAGCUGUCUUUUGAAGUUUUGAAGUUUUUUAAGAAAGAGGAUACAGUCAUAAUUGAUAUUCCAGCUGAGGUAUACCAGUCAUUUGUCAGCUACGAUCUCGUGACAAAAAUCCAAGAGAAAAACUACGACAAGAGUAAAUUCUUCCGUGAGUUAUUCUUUCCAAACAUUGCUUCGGUUCCACCACACCUGCGAGACCAUCUGGUAUUGUACGCACUUGAUGACAAAGAUGGAGAGUUUGACGAUCUAAUCAAGUCAUACGCGUGUAUUCCAACCACACCAAAUGGUCGAAAACUUAAGUGUCCUGCCCAACUCAUCAACCCGACCAAAUUAGCUGCCUCUCUGUUUAGCCCGGAGGAUGAAAUGUUUCCAUCUGGAACAAGAGACACCUUCCUGAACGGUUUACGACUUGCCAAACUUGAGCAACUUGGAAUGUUGGCAGAUGAUCUCCCGUGGCCACAGCUUGCAGAAAGGGCGCAGAGUAUCAGUUUAUUAAGUGAUCAUUGUAGUGAAUCAGCGUUGAAGCGUACAAAAGAUCUAAUCGAUCAUCUAGAAAGAAAUUUGAUGUAUGGUAAUGAAAAUCGUGCUUCCUCUGAAUCUCGGGAGACAUUUUUACACGCCAAAUUUUUGCCGGUGCUUCAGAGGCCUAAAAGCUUCCCACUUCCUUGGAAAGCUGAUGAAUUUCGAUUUAAGAAUGGUCGAGUAUUCAUGUCUCCUACAGAGUCCUUUCCUAAGAGAGUAAAGGAUCUAGUCUGCUGCACUGAGCCAGUACUUGAGUUACACUUGCCAACCAUCGUCCAAGCGUUCCUGCAGUUGGACACGAAACAUGCUACAUUAAACCAUGUUAAAAUGCAACUUAACAUUGCCGCGUCUGUUAGCACACAGAAUCUGGACCCCUUGGAGAUCAAAAGCUUGAAAGAAGUUUGCUUGGCAGCGUACAGGUAUCUCGAGGAAGCUCUUUGUAACAAGUGCAUCGCAGAGGAGGAAGUAAGAGGGUUGUUUGGCGGGAAAAAGUUUAUUUUCUGUGAGGGGGAAUUUGUCUUAACGGAGAAAGUGGCUUUCGAGCUGCAUUACGAUUGUUCUCCAUAUCUUCGCCAGCUUCCACAAGAUUUAGCAAAAAGUUUUGAAAGCUUCAUGAAAACUGCUGGAGUGAAAGCUGCCUUCGAUGUCGAUGAUUUCAAAGCUUCUUUGAAGCAAAUGAAACACACAUUUGGGGAGGAAAAUCUCGAUGAGGAGAGUAUUCAAGUAGCAGUUAAUAUGGCUGUCCAACUGGGAAAUAUUUUAAAGAGGCGUGGUACACAAAUUGUCGGAGAUGAAGGAGAACAAGAUACAGUCUUUCUUCCUGAUUCCUUGGGUGUGAUGAGACCUGUUGGUGAUCUCUGUAUGGGAGAUUGCGAUUGGAUACCAGACGACAGUGGUGUACACCUUGUAAAUGAAAUGAUUCCUUUUCCAGUGAGUACCCGACUUGGUGUCAAGACCCGUCGCGAGGAAACUCUAAAUCGUUUCUCUACUGGGAUUCCUUUCGGACAAAGCGAAAAGCUUGAAAAUCGUCUAAGGCGGAUUCUUACAGCCUAUCCAUGUGAGAAAGAAAUACUGAAAGAACUUCUUCAGAAUGCUGACGAUGCACAAGCAACAGAGAUAUGCUUUAUCAGCGACCCUCGACAGCAUUCUGACGCAAAGGUAUUUGGAGACUCCUGGAAAUUGCUCCAGGGCCCUGCGUUGUGUGUGUACAACAAUCGACCAUUCACGGAGGCUGAUGUUAUUGGAAUACAAAAUCUCGGCGAAGGCAGUAAAGGAGACGAUCCCAACAAAACUGGCCAGUAUGGUGUUGGUUUCAAUGCUGUGUACCAUCUAACGGACGUACCGUCGUUCGUCUCUAGUGGUGAGGAGAUAGGGAACGUUUUGUGUGUAUUUGAUCCCCAUCACAAAUACGUACCAGGUGCAACUGAAUGGAAACCAGGAAGGAUGUUCAGAGAAAUGGAAAAGGUCAAAAAAUUAUUUCCAGACGUUUUCUUUUGCUACGAACAGAAAGAGUGUCCCGUGCAGGAUUCGACAAUGUUUCGUUUUCCAUUACGAACCGAAGAGAUGGCGAAUAGCUCUAAGAUAUCCAAGACCUCAGUAACACCCGACGCGUUGAAAGACAUGAUGAAAUCACUAAAAGAAGAACUCUUCGAGGUUCUGAUCUUUGUGAACAACGUAAGGAAGAUCACCUUGUGUGACAUAGACCCUACAACUGGAGAAAGAAUAAAUGUUUACUCAGUCGCAGCAGUAAUGUCGGAGGAGGACGAAACGAAAAGGCAAGAGUUUGCCACAUUUAUGAAGAACAUUAGAAAAUCAGCUGAACAACCGAGCGACCUUUACCCAUCUGACAUCGAGGUUAAAAAGUGUUCAUAUGUUCUGAAUCUUUAA